GCUUGAGUCGGUUUCGGUUACAAAAUCAAAACAACUCAAGAGGAAAGACUCCUGGUUUCUAAGUUCCAUUCUCUAAUUUCUUUCAUAAUCAGAAUUUUUUAUCCUUUAUAAAUUUUCCAAACGCUCACUGACAGUUUUGAUUGCUUCAGUUGUGGGGAACCAUUUGUCAAGUGCGCAUCAUGUCUAGCGAAUCUCGAACGGAGUAUAAGCUCAAUUCUCCUCCAGAAGAUGGAAUUUCUUCUGUUAAGUUUGGACCAAAAUCAUCCCAAUUCCUUCUUGUUUCAUCAUGGGAUUGUUCAGUAAGAUUGUACGAUAUUGUAGCAAAUAGUGUCAGGAUCAAGUAUCAACAUGACGCCUCGGUACUGGAUUGUUGUUUUCAGGAUGCUGUUCAUUCAUUCAGUGGAGGAUUAGAUAAUACAUUAAAAAUGUAUGAUUUCAACAGCAAUACAGAAAGCAAACUAGGCACUCAUGAUAAAGCCAUUAGAUGCAUUGAAUACUCUACAGAGGUUAACGCAAUUUUAACUGGUAGCUGGGAUUCUACUGUAAAGAUGUGGGAUCCUAGAACAUCAAGAGCUGUUGGUACUUACACCCAACCAGACAAAGUUUACACAAUGAGCCUGUGUGCAGAGAAGUUUGUUGUCGGUACUGCGGGUCGCAAAGUGUAUGUCUGGGAUCUAAGAAAUAUGGGCUAUAUCCAGCAAAGAAGAGAGUCCAGCUUGAAGUAUCAAACUCGUUGUAUAAAAUGUUUCCCCAAUAAGCAAGGUUAUGUCCUGAGUAGCAUCGAAGGAAGGGUAGCAGUCGAAUAUUUGGACACUGGAGUGGAGAUGCAAAAGAAGAAAUAUGCCUUCAAAUGCCAUCGUAUCAAAGAAAAUGGAAUCGAGCAUAUAUUCCCUGUUAAUGCUGUCAGUUUUCACCAAGGGUAUAACACAUUUGCCACAGGUGGCUCUGAUGGCUACGUCAAUAUAUGGGACGGUUUCAAUAAGAAGAGAUUAUGUCAAUUCCAUAGAUACUCUGCCUCCAUCUCUUCCCUUUGCUUCAGUCAAGAUGGAUCGGUCUUGGCAAUCGCUUGUUCUUACAUGUAUGAAAUGGACACACCACCAGAUCCAUACCCUGAGGAGAGUAUCUACAUCCGACACGUCACGGAUCAAGAAACGAAGCCAAAAUAAACAUCAAACCUUCCUCUCUCUGAUUCUUUUAUGUAAAAAUUACUCAGAAAUGAACCAUUUUAAAUUAAGACAUUCAAUUUUAAGAUUUUUGUCCUCUGAUUCAUGAUGUGUAUGAUUUGGAAAAGUUCUUUACAGGCCUUCCUCAUAAUCAAUUAUAAUUUUUGAUUGAUAGAUUUUGGCAUUAAUUAAAGGAGACACAAAGUAAAUUCUAGAUAUAAGUAUGCAAGGAGCAGUGGUGAUUCUAGCAAGUUGGCAAACCUGUUAAUACUACAUUUAAAUCCAUUGAAUAUAUCUUCUUUCCCUGUUUGUUUACUUUUUUUAGUUCCUGAAAAUAACACUCUAUUGACACAGGCAAGGCAGCUUUUGUCACCUAGAAUCGAUUUUUUAUUGCACACUCAAAUAAAGAAAAAGCAGUGCUGCCAACUUGAAAAAAUAGCCACUGCCUAGGAGCAGCACUAAGCUGAGCCCAAGCAGCACAUUUUCUCCUGUCAAAAUCAAACUCGAGAAAAUAUUUUUGAAUGUGAACUUCAGUUGUAACAUUGAGUCUAAUAGAGAACUGAUGAAACUUCUAAUCUCUUUUUCUUAGCGCGAUCUUGAUAUGACAAGGUUUUUUUAGCUUGAAGUCAGCCUGAAUGUCAUUUGCAUUUUAAAAUGAAAAAAGUGAAUUGGCUCUUACUAUAAUUUUUUACCAACGAACCUUCAGUUUUGUCCUCUUUUCUUCUUUCACUGUUUCCUUUCUUCAGUUCCUGAAAAGAACACUCUAUUGAUUGUCUUAUCAUCUUCAUCUUGUCUGUUAUUCUGAACCAUUGAAUCGUAUUUUGGUUGCAGAACUUAAGUUUUCUAUUCGUAACUAUGUAACGUUUAAGUGAAGUUGAACAUCUCUAAACUGAACUUACAGUUAAAGGGUAGUCCUAAAAGUAAAAAGACUGAUACUGCAGACCCAUAAAGCCACUCCCCUGCAAUAGAAUGGAAUUUUCAUUUUUUCUGAAAUGGGCCCUUUUUAAAACGAACGAUUCAAUUAUUUUAUUGUGUCCCUAUGUAAAAGACACAGAAUUCUACAUAUCAGCAGUCAUGUUAGCUUCCUGUCUUUUCAAAAGCACAUUAGCACCUAGGAAAUAGCUCUACUAACAUGGCAUUUCGAAGAUCCUUCAGCAUAAUGAAAUAAAUGUCAAUCUGUCAUUCGGAGUGAGAGAGAGGAGGACAGUAUUCCCAGUUGCUGAAAAGAUGAUCUUGUUGACUUUGCACUGUGAGAUACAACACUGUCUCUCACUAACUCACAUUCUUAGAAGUGUCAUGCAGAUGGUAUUAUUUCUUUGGUGACAGUGUGCAAGCUGAUGUUCCCAUAAAAGAUGCUUGAUGAAGGUACCUGUUGAAUACUUAAUGUUUGCAGCAAUUCAUAGCUAAGUCAGGUUUUGAAUUCUAAGUAAUCAUAUUGAUUUGAACCUUGCUAUUCUGUUCACAAUUGCGUAUUACUGUCUGUCCCCAACCUAAGAUAUUUAUUAUAUGAGAUGGGUACUUACUGUAAUCUUGAAAAAUGUAUUUUAAGCGAGAUCUCAACCAUUCAACCUCUUGUAGAAAGGUUUUAAUUUUUAAUUACAGUGAAUUUCUACUUUUUA